AUGGCUCCGCUCACUCGACUCCGCGCGGACUCUCGGCACGUCCCACUCCCUAUGACAAUAACAUACUAUGAGCAGCGUGCUUCCGUGCCAGGGACGUUGCUCAUCGCCGAAGCAACACAGAUCUCGCCUUCUGAAGGGGGACUUCCCCAUGGUCCGGGAAUCUGGAGCGAAGAACAAGUCCAGGCCUGGAAGAAGGUCACCGAUGCGGUUCACCAAAAGGGCAGUUUCAUUUUUUGCCAGUUAAUCGCUCUCGGCAGAGCUGCUGAUCCUGCUCAGUUGCAUGACGAAGGGGGCUAUGAGCUACACGCUCCCAGUCCUAUCCCAAUUGAGCCUGGAAUGCCAGUACCAGCAGAGCUAGAUGAGAGGCGGAUUCAGGGCAUUAUCCGCGACUUCGCAACGGCUGCGAGGAACGCCAUUCGGGCAGGUUUCGACGGUGUUGAAAUCCACGGGGCUAAUGGCUACUUAGUCGAUCAGUUUAUCCAGGACGUUUCCAAUUGCAGAACCGACCAAUGGGGUGGGGAUAUACCCAACCGCGCUCGAUUUGCCCUGGAGGUCGCCCGAACAAUCGCCGAUGUCAUUGGUGCGGAGCGGGUCGGGUUUCGUCUGAGUCCAUGGAAUACGUGGCAGGGCAUGAGAAUGAUGGACCCAAUACCUCAGUUUACCUACCUUGUGGAGAAUCUGCGACCGCUUGGACUGGCUUACCUCCACAUAAUCGAGUCUCGCGUCAUCAACCAUGUGGACUGCGAAAAGCAAGGGAGUAUCAAAUUCCUUCUAGACGUUUGGGGCAAAUCAUCGCCAGUUCUUGUUGCUGGCGGGUACAGCCCGGAAAACGUUGAGACUGCCAUCCAGAGAGACUAUAAGGACCACGAGGUUGCUGUGGUUUUCGGCCGUCACUUUCUUGCAAACCCCGACCUGCCAUUUCGCAUUCGUCAUCAGGUGCCUCUGAACCAAUACCAUCGAGAUAGUUUCUACACAGCUAUGCAAGAAUAUGGCUAUACGGACUAUCCUUUCAGCGCAGAGUUCUUGAACAUCAGGCAAUGA